UUCAAUGGAAGUCGGCUAAUGGCCUCCACAUUCGUUUUUAGGAAGAUAAAUGGACUGGGGCGAAUACCUUCUCUCUGUUCCCUAUGGCUUACCAUCUUACUCUCUCCAAGAAUGUCCGUGUUGGAUCUCAAGGCAGAACGCAGAAUGAUCAAUGGCAUUGGAGGCCGAUCCUUUGUAGACCUAUCUCCCAGGAGGAAAACCAAGAAGUCACAGCUCUAAAAACCCUCAUAACACAUCUUAAUGACCCGAAUUGCUCCCAAUCAGAUGGAGUCAUCUGGCCUCUCAGCUCCAUAGGAAAAUACACUGUCAAUUCUCUCUACAGAUUCAUUUUCAGUGGAGGCAACAAGUUCGCAGCAUACUACUUCAUUUGUCUUCAUUUCUGCCAUCCAAGGUCAAGAUCUUUCUAUGGCUCUUAUACAAACGCAAGCUGCAAACCAAGGUAACGAGCCAGGAGCCCGGAGAGUCGCAGGUUGAUGGCGA